UUUUGUUGAUUCGAAGCAUAAAAUAAGGAUGUCCGGCGACCAGGAACUGGAAAAGAUGGUCGCUAGCUACCUCAGCGAUGUGCGAUCGCAAUUUGAAGCGUCGACAAACUCGGUUGAGGCAUCUUCAUCGUCUGACACGGAGCAACAGGAACAAGAAGAAGAAGGAUACCAAUCCGACGAGGACCCAAAUUCGAUCAAACACGAACCGCUUUUGGAAAUAAAAAGUGAAACCGAAGACAGUUCCGAUGAUGAGCAGACCGAUGGCCCUCCAGCAGAAGAGGAUAGCGCCGAACCGUCCGACGCCGAUGAGCCCAAGCCGGAAGCCGAACGUAAGAGGGACAUCAAAACGGAAGCGAACCAAAACCGCCGGAUGGAAGGCAAAAGAAAGCACUUCAUGGAUCUAGACGAUAAUGACAUUCGAAACCCAGCUUCCGCUACGGAACGGGACCUAAUGUCCCUGCUGUUCGGUGGCAAGUCGGAGAUGGUCACCCAACUCUGCUCCCAGGCGGAUGAAAGGGGCACACGCAAACGCAAACCGGAACACCUUAUGCAGGAGGUCGCGGAGGCAUCCGCCAAGGAAGAAGAUAAACCGGAACCGAUGGAACGAUCGGCGGCCUGGCAUGACUCCGAUGACGACAACGACGACGACGAGGACAACCCGAAAGUGAAGCGCAACAAGUACGAUCGCGAGCUGGGCAAACUGACAUACGAACGGCGGCGCAAAAAGUUUGAACAGAUUGUCGGCAAUCCAAAGUGGGCCGAUCUCGAUCGCGUGCAGGAACCGGACUCGGACGAUGAAAUCCUCCAGACGGUGGGGCACGUAGUGAAGCCCAAGAAGGGAUCGCAGGAACUACCGAAAGAAACGAUCGAGCUGAAGGUGCUAAAAACUUUGAACCGCGAAACGAAGCAUGAAGGAAAAAUCCACUCGAUCUGUUUCCACCCGUCUUCCAUGGUAGCCAUGAUCGGUGGCAGCAGCGGAACGGUUUCGAUUGUCACCGUGGACGGUGUGCGCAACGAAAAGCUGCACACGAUCGGAUUGGAGAAGUUCAAGCUCACCUGCGCACGCCUCACUCCGGACGGCAAUGAAGCGAUCUUCGGUGGCUACCGAAAGUUCUACCACGUGUACAACCUGAUCAGUGGCCAGAGUGCCACGCUCAAAAUCCCCUUCCAAGAAACGUGGUCGUUGCGCAACUUUUGCCUGUCGCCUUCGGGCCAGUACCUCGCUUCAAUGGGCAACUGUGGCGAGGUGCACUUGCUAAACGCCAAAACGAAGGAACUUUUGCGGACGGUACAGCUUCGUUACGAAUCAGCGGCUCUCGCGUUUACUCCCGAUUCACGCCAUCUGCUCUGUCACAGCAGGGACAUCGAAGUGACGGUUUAUUCGCUCGAUCGCCAGCGCAUCGUGAACGUGUUUCAAGACGAAGGCUGUGUGAACGGGUCAACGAUUGCUGUCUGUCCAAACGGGCAGUUUGUUGCCACCGGAAGCAGACAGGGAAUUGUGAAUAUUUAUUCGCUCGAAACCACGUUCCAGCAGAAAAACCCGGUACCGCUGAAAACAAUCGAUAACCUUACAACUUCCAUCGGAUCGAUAACGUUCAAUGCGACCUCGGAGCUGCUGGCCAUCGCUUCGCCGGACGUUACGAAUGCGAUUCGCUUGGUGCACAUACGCAGUGGGACGGUUUUCCGCAACUUCCCACUACAGAACUCACAAUUGGGCAACGUGACGUGUGUUGCGUUUUCGCCUUCCGGCGGCUAUCUGGCUUUCGGCAACAAGCAGAGCUACGUGUCGCUGUUUAGAGUUAAGCACUAUCAGAAUUACUGAAGUGGUACAGUAAAAGGAAUAAAU